UUGGACUCAUCACCAUCGUCCUUCCAUCCAUCGAUCACCGGCCGCAGCAGCAUCAGAUCAAGCGCGACCCGCCAGCACUUCCUGUCGACAUGGCCGGCUGCAAGCCGCAGCAGCGAGCGGCGAAGGGGGAUGCCUGCGUCGCCGACAUCGACCCCAAGGUCGAGUGCCUCGACGGCGCCACCACCUACACCUUCCGCCUCAGCCUCCCAGGGUUCAAGAAGGAGGACUUCAAGGUGCAGGUGGACUCCGGCGGGCGGCUGACGGUCCGCGGCGAGCGCCCCGCCGGUUACGUGCGGUUCCACAAGGUGUUCCAGCUGCCGCAGACGGCCAACCCCGACGGGGUGGCCGGCCGCUUCGACGGCACCGUGCUGUCGCUCACCGUGCCCAAGCAGCCGGCCAGCGCCGGGGCCAUGGUGGCGGCGAGGCUGGCCGAGGGCAAGGAAUGCGCGGCGGCGGAGGGGGCGGUGACGACGUGGGCGGAGGCGCUCGGGGGCAAGGGGCAGAUGGUCGCCGCGGCCGUCGCCGGGUUCGCGCUCGGCGCGUUCCUCGCGCACCGGCUCCUGUCGGUCACGAAUACCUAAUUAGGACACGCGCCACGUCAGCGUGUGUGCAUGUACAGAGAUCUAUGAAAUGAAUUCGUGGAAAAUGAAAUUGUGUUAAAUUAUAUAUUGAUUAUUCCUUGAAAA